UCCUCUGCAAAAAUCAAAAUGGACAGACUUCGUGGAGUGGAGGCGCUCUCUGUCGUAUUCAAGCGGUUCUCUGACGGCUGUGAGGUCGUACAGUGCAUCAGUGACUUCUACAAAGAUAUGUCGGAAUUGGAGCAUUAUUAUGCUGCUCGCGUCCUUAAACUUUUGGAAAGUGCAAAUUAUACAUUUCAUUCUAAUAUCCUCAUGCAGUGGCUUGGGACUGAUCCGUAUCAUGAGAGUGGGACUGUUAAACAAUGCUGGAAUGAAAUGGGAGAUGAGUUGAAUAAGCUAGCAACACUUCAUGCAGAGAAGGCUGAGAGUUUUUCUGAUAUCGUCCGUAAGCCUCUCAUUGAUAUGUUGCCAAAACUUGAGGAAGACAGGAAAAAGUUAAAGCAGCAGAAAAAUGAAAUGGAGGCGAAGAUGAAAGCAGCAAAGAAGAAAUAUGAAAAUGCAAGAGCAACUUACUAUAAAGCUGGAAACAUGUAUGAACAAUUAAAACAUAAGAAACCAUCUUAUGAUCGCAAAGUAUUGGAAUUAGAGAGAGACUUUCUAAUGCAGGAAGACAUGUAUACACAGUCUCAUAGAGAGUUGGUCCACAUCCAAGAGAGUAUGAAUUCAGAAGUCAAUGAAGUCCUUAAAAGAAUCCAAGAGCAUGAGCUAGAGAGAGUUAAUAAAAUUGCAAGAUCACUUAAAGAAUUUGCAAAGACUCUAUCCAAUACUGCUCCUGCCUAUCUUGAGUGUAUGCAGAGGAUUGUCUUCAGUAUUGAUAAAGUGGAUGGUUCUACUGAUAUUGAGUGUUUUGUGAUGGAGCAUGAGAGACUACUGGAGGAACCAGUCAUCCCAACACUAGAACUUCACUCCUGCAGUUCCCGUUCAAAUCGAAAAGCCAAAACCGAGAAGUCGUCUGACGAUUUCAAAAAUGAGGAUGCUGACGACAAGCUCCAGAAGUCAUUGACUGAUUCUAAACCAGCCGUCGCUCCUAAACCAUCCUCUACCACCAGUUCCUCUGCAACAGGUUCAUCUACUUCUACAGUAACAGGUUUUCUGAAACCUACUCCGCCUCAGAAGAAAUCAUUCUUUAAAUUCAAACCUACUCAAAGUGUCAAACCUGUAAUUGCUACAAAGGAAACGACUGGCCCAGAACCAACUUCUGCUACAAAAACAGAAUCUCCCAGUACCAAUGAUACUAUAGUACCAACUACCACUGAAGUCAUAGCCACUUAUGUUAAAACCACACCCACUAGCACUGAAGCCACGCCUACCAGCUCUGAAGUUCCACCCACUGGUACUAAAGCUACUCAAAAUAAGUCCCCUAGUAGAGAGAGAUCUGUCACUACAGCAACCAAUAAACCAUCAAGAGCUGUCAAGCCACACACUCUAUCCUCCCCUCCUCCUCCUCCUCCUCCUCAAAAUACUAAUAACGGCUCAUUUUCUGAAUCACAAGAUUCUCUAUUUGCUCAGUUGACACGUAAAACCAGACAAAGUGAUUAUUACGGACUGCUAGGGGUUCUACCCACGGCAGAUCAAGAGGAACUCUCUCGGGCUAGAAGAGAAAUAACUGUCAAACUUCAUCCUGAUCAUUUUACUAACGACCCAAUUAAACAAGAAAAGGCACAGGAAAGGUUGAUAAUCAUUAAUCAAGCUUACAGUGAUGUGUUGAGUAAUAAAACUAAUAGGGAACUUUAUGAUCAGCUAGUCAGAUAUAGAGAGAAAUAUCACAGGAUUUUAGAGCAAACUGGCCCCUCAUUGGAUACAGCAAAAAUGAAGUUGUCAUCUCUUCGCUCUAGCAUGAAGAAAGCAAGAUUCCCUAUGGCUUUAUUGGAGGAAUUACAACUAGCAAUAAGAUUAAUAGAAGAUAAGCAAUUACAAUUAGGAGCAACUCUUAACUAAUACUCUCCAUUUGUAUGUGUAGCUAUAUCAUUGUGUGAUUUUCUAUUAUUAUAAUAUUAUUAUUACUAUUGUUGUUGUUAUGAUUGAAUCAAUGAAGAUUUAGAAGAUGUUUUGGUUUAUAAAUUAUAA